AUGUAUUCAGGUCACUAUAGUUCUCAACCCCCCACCGCUCUUCAGGUGCACGGCCCACCACGAGUCACCACACUGCACCACGCCUCACAUUCACCACUUCUCUCCUACCUGUCUCACCCAACGCCUGCCCCUCUCAUCAUGCAUCCCAGCUCUCAACACUCGCAUGCACCAAUCUCUCCCUGCUCCUCUCAUCACACACCAACCUCUCUCUCCUCGCCCCAUCUGCUCUCCAGUCGCCUUUCCCACAACUCUUUCACUGGCAGCCUGGACGACCUCUCCCAACUGACCAAUCUGCACGGACUGUGCGUGAAACCACCCCCUGCUCUCCAUCCACCCCUUCCCAUCUACUCCCCCACGCACCUCUUUCCCUCCCGUUCGUUCACAUCCCUGAACCUCCCCUCCUUCCCCUCCGCAAGACAUCCUCCUUCCCUCGCCCCCAGUUUAUUCCUCCACCCCUCACUCUUCCCCACUCAUUCUUUCCCACCCAUUCUUCCCCCCCUUCCACUCAAUGCACUGCAUCCAUUUGCACCGCACAUCACCCAGGGAGCUUUCCAACAACGCCAUAUCCGGCCCGAUCCCCGCCGCCCUGGGGGGCCUCGCCAGCUUAACAAACCUGUGAGCUUCAUGAUCCAUGCAGUGCGUGUGGGGGAGAGUGCGAUGUGCAGGUCCACUGAGGCUGCUGCGGCAGAAGCUGCUGUCUCCCGCCUGCCGUCCCCAAGGGUAGACGCACACUUCGACUGA